CAAGCAACAGUUGCGUGUCGGCUUUCGUGAGCAACAGAACGAUUCUGCGGAUUGUUUGAACGCGUUACUUUUUUUCUGGUCGGGUCUAGUGAACCGGUGUGGAAAGUAAAACAAUAGAAAAAAAAACAAAGUGACAUCAGUGUGGAAAUUGUAAAAAAUCGCGCAUACAAACAUACACCCAAAUUUCUAGUUUGUUUUUAUAGCUUUUUGCUGCUUAGUGCUUAACUUGAAGAAGCUCAGCGCACGCUGAGAGAAAAGAGUGUGGCAGCGAAAAGGUACAUAUAAAACUAUGCGAAAAAUUCACGAAUUAAAGGAGAAGAAAAUUUGCGAAUAAGCGGUCAAUUGAAAAGUGGCCAUCUAAGGUACAAAACGGGUAGUGUGUGUGCCCCACAAUAACAACAACAAAUGAAAAUAAAAUUGCAUGAGCAGCGAUUUUCUUAGUUUUCUGAUUAAUAUAAAAAUAUAAAUAAAUAUUAAACAAUUAUCAAUAAAAUAUAUUUUUAAUAUAAAUCACUGUAAUAACGCUUACUGUAUUCUUCAGAAAUGUUUUUGUGACUAAAAGAGAAAGUACAACGAAAUUGCUCCUUUAGGCGUUUAAAAACCUUAACGCUCGUAUAUUUACAUUAAUAUUUCAAUAUUAGCUGCAUGUGCCCUCUGAAAUUCAAUGCAAAUUUAAGCCCCUUUGAAAGUGUGAAAAAUCGAAAUACAUACAUUAAGCUGCCAUUAAAGUCGUUCAGCUCAAAAUAUUGAUAAAAUAAAAGUGCCACAAAAUAAAUAAAAUAUAGUGUUGCCAUAUAAAGCAAAAUUUACUGCGCGCCAUAUAACGGCGCUUAUGUCAUUGCAACAUACACAACUUAAGCAUACAAUUGCCGUUGCAUUGCAUUGCAUACUCAAAAGUGCAUAAAUCAAAAGUGCAUUAAUACCUUCUAUUCAUGAGUCGAUCCAUAUAAGUGUUCCAAGAAAUUGCAAAACUUUUGAUUUCUACAACAAAAAAGUGCUACGCUUAUCGACCAUUCAAUAGUGUUGUCUAUGGUGAGUGGAGCAAAGCGCCAAGUGAUUGCAGCUGUGGCGAGAAGUUAACGGUAUUUUUGCAUGGAUUAUUGAUUUCAAAGCUCGAAAAUUCUUCAUUCAUAAAAUGAUAGACUCUUACAUGCAACAUUAACAGCCUACUGCUACAACAACAACAAGAAAAGGCAUCCCAAUAAAUUUCCUACGCCAAAUCACAACGUACUGACAACCUCAAGUGCGCGGGCGUCAAACGAAAGAAUUAACUGCAACAACAACAACAGUCGGCUGUUGAAGAAAUUCACAAAGCGAGUCAAACAGUAGCAAUUGGCCAAACCGCGACUGCGAACAACAACAAAAGCGAUUAACACUUCUGCCACACGAACAUACAUAUACAACAGCUACCAACUAUAUAGAUAUAUAUAUAUAUAUAUACAUAUAUGUACGUGCAACCGAUGCAGCAAACAGCGCACGAAUGCCUGCAACAACAACAACAACCGCCGCUAACACCACCACCAACAACAACAACGCGAUUAUUGCCAGCAAUCAGCAAGUGCCAUUGCCGGCAGCGAGAACAACAAUUGCCAGCAAGCAACGCAGCGCUGGUGGUGGCAGCAACAACAACAACAACAACAACAUAGUCGGCGGUGGCAGCAAUAAUUACAAUUUGCGACCAACGAUUGCUGUGAAACCAAAAUCAAACGUAGCAGCAAUCAGUGCUGUCUCACAUUCCAAACCACAAUACAGCAGCAGCAACAACAACAACAAUUCGAACAACAGUGAACACAACAACAGUAAUCACAAUAAGAGCAAACAUUUCGACGCAUACAGCAACAGCAACAGCAACAGCAACAACGGUGAUUGUGGUGUCGUCGGUGGUAGCAGUAGCAGUGGCAACGCCAACAACAAUAGCAACAACAGCGAUAUGCCCGGCCGUCACAGUUGGGACCCGGGUCGCAUUGGUGUCGAACACUUGGCCGGCGCAUUAAGUCCGCUCUGCAUCACCGAUUCGAGUCAUGAAAUCGUGCGACCGAAGCCGCGUAGACCAACUGGCAACAUGCGCGGCGACAUGCCCGUCGUAUUCAGCCCACAACCAACGAACUCACAACUACACUGUCCCGUCGGCUCGCCAACCACAACGGGUUUGCCACAUCAGAACCAAAUGAGCGUCAUGCCCACAUCGCCAUCUACUGGCACCACAAUGACCGCCAACUCCGCGCCGCUCAACACACCAAAUGGUUUGAGUUCCUCCACUGGCCGCAUUCAAAGCCCCGCCGUGGCUACACCAGCGCCACGCAUCUCCAAAGAGGUGGCGCAGCGUUUAAAUAGUGGCGUUAGUGGCGCACCCCAUAUGAUGGCCAGCCCUCAAACAGGACACAGUGUUGUGCCCAAUACGACAAUUAAUAUACGGAAUAUAAGCAGUCCGCCACAAGCGCCUAGUAAACCGCCACCACAUCGCGCCUUAGCAGCACCAGCACGGCUUACUGUACAGAGUACGCCAGUGAAAUCGCAGCCGCCCAUGUUGAGCGGCAAUCUGUCGCCACAGCAACCGCAGCCCCAACAGCCGACGGCACAACAAAAGUUCAACGCAAAUGACAAGCGGCCCCUGCCAUUGUCACUGGAUUUGAGCAAUUGCAGCAUCGGCAUACCAACUUCUGAGUCGACCUCUGCGAAUGUAACUCCCAGCGGUGGCGGCUAUCAGCUCAACACACACGCAAAGUCAAGCGCGACGAGCACGCGCACACAUCAUCAUGAAUUUCGUGCACUGCAGCGUGUACAGGAAUGUCACAGCUCGUCGGAUGAGAAUCGCUCUUCGGGUCAUGCGAGUAUGUCGGAUACUGGUGGUCAUGGGAGUUCCUCACCUGGUGGUGGAGUGGCGCUGGGACCUUUGCCGGAAGAUCGUCUCGCCGCUGCCGUGACCAACCGUAGUACACGGUCUCGUACAAGCACCAAUCAUUCGCGCGCCCGCCAUCGUGCUACGCCAGCAACUAAGGCACCAUGGAGUGGCAGUGGUUUGGAGGAUAUAAAAUUGGCCAUACAACAACUGACAAUGCGUUCGCAAACGAGUACUAGCACUUACAGCAGUCUCAGCGCUGGUUCGGAGAGCUCAGAACCUGCGCGGCGCUUAGGACGCUACUCGUCGCUGGAAACAGUAAACACAAAUGUGACGAACGCCGACGAGUUUGUCUGGGUGGACUCACACAAUCGACUAGUGGAGUUGCAACAUCCACCCUGGAGCCAACACUGCAUAAUGCGCGUUAUCCGGAAUGGUCGUUGCAAGGAGCAAGCAGAACGCGUCUCAGUAGACACCAUACCACGCCUAGGAUACCUGCUGCAGCGCGCAUUGGUGCGUAUUGCACGCGAAGUGCAGCGCCUUUCCGCCUGUUUGGGUCUGUGUUCAAAGCAAGAAGUCGCUGCCGCAUACAAGAUUGUGCUGUGUCCGGCUCUGGCGGACUCUUGCAUUAAGGCAUGUCUGCGCGCCGCAGCCAUGUUCGCUGUAACGGGCGAUAGCGCUCUGAAACAAAGCAAGUCAGCGCGUGCUGGUCUUCAAUUACCGGUGGGACGUUUUCAUCGUUGGAUGGCCGACGCACGUCUGGGGAAAUUUAUACAUGAGUACGCGGCAGUGUAUCUAUGUGCGGGCAUGGAAAACCUUCUCGAAGAAUUGCUGUUGCAAAGCUUUCCUGCAGAUACAUCUAGCCAAUUCACAACAGCGGUGCUGGAUCAGUCUAUUGCACACUCCGGUGAUCUGUGGGGUCUUCUUCAGCCUUUCGCUCAUCUGAAUGCUGGACGCAUAGCAUCAGGCGCACUUACCAUGCCAAGGUGGGCAAGUUUGUCAUCACUUGGUUCAGGUACCCAAAAAAGUGGUAGUUCAGGUGGUAAUAGUAAUGUGUCUCUGGAGCCUUGUCUGUUGACGACCUGCGUUGGCAGCAUAACUGAAUUGAAAGACUUGACUUUACGUGCUCAACAGAAGUUCCAGCAUACAGCUCUUUCUAACGCUGCGCUCUCCACAUUGUUUUACUUCAUGCGUUGUUCGCAGUUGGAACAUAGUGACUUGAGCGGGGCGCCUUCCAGCUCCAGUGGGAGCGCAGGGGGCAGCAGUCAGAAUGUGCAAGAGCUUUGCUAUGAACGUGCGUAUGUGGUUCUGCCGCCUUUGGUGGAAUGGUUGCGAGUUGCUUCGGCACAUGCGGAGUACCGACACGCUGUCAUGAUAGACAAGGACGAUAUCAUGCAAGCCGCGCGUCUACUUCUACCAGGUGUUGAUUGUCCAAUGCGACCAAUUGGUCACGAAGAGGAACUACCUACGAAGAAGACACAUUUCUCACACCCCGGUGCGACAACUCCCAUAGCAUCGAGCAUCAGUGAAGAUACCACGGAGUUGGGCAAGCGCGCCACCAUAAUGCUUGCUUUUAAGCUUAUGCUCACUGGACGCGCCGAGUUAAUGGCACAGGCGGCGAAUCUCUUGCCGCCCACCACGCGUUAUGACACACUUAAUCAUGCCGGCUUGACGGCACUUAUGAUUGCAGCGAUACGCAAUGACGAGGUGGCGAUACAGGCGCUACUCGAUGCCGGUUGCGAUCCGAAUGUGGAAGUGCCACCAGUUGGUCAACAGAAUUUCCCGGGUGUUCAUCCAGAUACACAACACUGGACGGCAGUUACAUUCGCUGCAAGCCGUGCCAAUUACUUGGCUUUGCGUCUGCUGCUGGAAAGGGGUGGUAAGGUGGAAGGUGGCGCGCGUCUAAGUGAAGAGAAACCAACGCUGACCCCGCUGCAAGUGGCUUGCGGAUCUGGUAAUGUCGAGGUCAUUUCGCUGCUGCUAGCACAUGGCGCCAACGGAUUUCUCUCCACACAACAGAAAGAUACCAUGUGUUUUGCGGGUGGCUCGGCUCAGCGGGGCUCAUAUUGCGCCAUUUCUGUGACCGCGGCGCAUGGCCAGCGCGCAUGUCUACGCAAACUGCUCUCCCAUCCAAUGUCCCCAGGCAGCAAAGACGUGCUCUCGCUCGAGGAAAUGCUAGCCGAAGGCGAACCUGUAGGCAAUGCGAGCAGAGGUAGCGCUUGUGCGGGAAAUGCGGGUAGCGAACGCAUAAGCGCCGAGUUGCCGCUCACAUUAAACAAGACACAAAUCAAAAGUCUGCAAGAGGCAAUGUACCACAGCGCCGAGAAUAACCAUUUGGAUAUUACAAUAGAGCUGCGCACCCUGGGCGUACCAUGGACUCUACAUUGCUGGAUGCAUGCAUUAGCGGCGGCGCAUGAGUUGCGCUUGGAUGCCGUAAUCGACCAACUGCUACAGGAUUUCCUGCAAGUCUGCCCGGACGACUACAGCGCGCAGUUCGUGAGCGAGUGUCUGCCGCUGCUCUUCAACAUAUUCCGUUACAGCAAAAACGAGGGCACGACGCUGCUGUUGGCCGACAUUUUCGCCACAUGCUUUGGCUGGGAGGCCAUCAAAACGAUAAAGGAGGCGGUGAUGCAAUCGGUGAACAGCUCGCGCAUCGACCCCAAAUUCGUCAACAAUCCAGAACUGAGUGACGUGACUUUCAGAGUGGAAGGCAAAAUAUUCUACGGACACAAAAUAGUGCUCGUCACCGCCUCACCGCGUUUCCAGAGCAUGCUCAGCUCCAAGCUGAGCGAUGGAAACACGCCAACAGUGCAGAUCAACGACAUUCGCUACCACAUCUUCCAGCUGGUCAUGCACUACCUGUACAGCGGUGGCUGUGCCACAUUGGAGGUUAGCAACGCUGACGUUUUGGAACUGAUGGCGGCGGCGAGCUUCUUCCAGCUGGAAGGUUUGUUGCGCUACACCGAGUCACGCUGCUCAGAGAUGAUCGACAUCGACAAUGUGGUGGCCAUGUACAUCCAUGCGAAGGUCUACAAUGCCAACAAGUUGCUCGAGUACUGCCAAGGUUUCUUGCUGCAGAAUAUGGUCGCUCUGUUGACCUAUGACGACUCCGUCAAGCGUUUGCUCUUCGCCAAAAAGAUACCCAACCACGAUGUGCUCUCCGGCCUGCUGCACACGCUGCAACAACGCAUCAAGCAGCGCAAACCCAUGGGCGUGGGCAACUUCCGCCAGCAGCUCAGCUCACCGCCACCAGGCACCGCAGGCGCUCAUCUCUUAAGCACGAGCCUGAGCAAUGGCGUCGGUGGCAGUCUGGGUGCUGCCAAGAAAUAAAUGAAUACAUUUACACUGUAAUAUAUAGUAUAUGAUGGAAUGGACUGCUAAAAGUUGUGACACUUGAGUUUGGGCAGCGUUGCCAACCUUAACUCCAGCAGAAGUGGAGUUUUGAGGUUAAAAUGAAAUGAUUACAAUAUUGGCUUAGCAAGUAAAGUAAAAGUUCUCACCGACAACAGCGCCUAAAGGUAUGCCACAAAUAUUGAAGAACACAAGCGAUCGUGGGGAAAAGUCUUUUUAUUCUCAUUUGCAGCAAUUCAAGCAGAUGCUAAGUACAACUUAAAAAAGAAACAUAAAAUAAAAAAAGCAAAAACAAAAAGUCCACACCUAAAACAUUCGUUUCAUAAUUUAUCUCUCAACCGUAUUCGCAUUUACAUAUGUAUGUAAACAUCUGCUCAGCGCCUACACCUGCAUAAUUUGGCCAUUCCAAACGGAGCCAACAACCGGCACUUGCUGAACGUGCGGAACAUGCGGAACAUGUGGAACAUGCGACAGCACAUCUUGUGGUCUCGGCUUCUCCUCCACACGCGGCAAUUGGCUGUUGAUCUUCGCCGCUGUCGAAAUCUGCGGCAUUAUAUUAUUGCCCUCGGGCACGAAACCACGAUCGUCGGCUUUGUAAUGCACUACCACCUCCUUGCCGUUGGCGUCGAAGUACGAAUAGCUGCCGCUGAUCUUCAGA